AUGGCUCUCUUCACACUCCAAAUCCCAAAAUGCGGCCCCCACGUAGGCGGAACGCUCACUUGCACUGAGCCCGAGCCAGCCGUGUACCUUUUAACUCUGACGUCGCCGCCGGACAACCGUCUCACCGAGCCUGUUCUCAAGGCGUUUCUCAACGCGCUUGAUAUCCUCGAGUUUGGAUACCCCCACGGUGUCGUCAUCACCACUUCAGGCAUCCCCAAGUUCUACAGCAAUGGUCUCGACUUGGAACAUGCUGUUGCUACGGAUGGCUUCUGGCAUCUUCUCUACGAUGUCUGGAGACGAUUCCUAACAUAUCCAAUGCCGACUGUGGCCUUCCUCAACGGCCACGCCUUCGCGGGUGGCCUCAUGCUCGCAGCAGCCCAAGACUACCGCCUAGCCCCCUCCCCGCGCGGCUUCCUCUGCGUCAACGAGCUCCUCUUCGGGGCUCCCCUCAAGCCCGCCAUGUCAGCCCUCUUCCGACACAAGGUCCCCUCCACAACCUACCGCAGCCUGGUCCUCGAGGCGAAGCGCUUCACCGCAGAGGAGGCCGUGGCCGCUGGGCUCGCCGACGGCGUGGCCACGGGGUUAGACGAUGUGCUGGCGUUUGUAAAGGAGAAGGAUCUGGUGUCAAAGUGCAAGUCGGGUGUUUAUGGUGUGCUCAAGGCAGAGAUGCACAGCGAGCUUAUCGAGUUCCUCAAGAGUCCCAGCAGGGAGGCUCACGAGCAGAGGUUCGACGACGUCCAGGCGAGUGAAGACGAGAGAAGGGAGUUUGGAAAGGUCUGGUACGAGCAGUGGCUCAAGGAGACCAAGGCAAAGCUGUAG